AUGCGAGCACAAACAAUAUCAAAGUCUCUCAGUGUUAGCAACGAUUUAUUUGGCAUCCGCCCUGAACUGACGCUGGGUACCGCGAGCAUGUCGUUCUUCCAGGCAAGCGACUGGCACGAGGGUGAAAAAGCCAUCCAUAAGCGUGCCCAUCUCGACUUCCGAGAGGAUAAUCCGACUUCGCCAUUCCUUACGCCCAUGGCCGCGUAUCAGAUUUCUCGGUAUCCAUUGAUGGCCAUCGGAACACUUGACGAACAUGACCGGCCCUGGUGUACCAUAUGGGGCUCUGGUGAACCACCUCUGUCACAACCAGUAGCGCAGAGCGUGAUCGCUAUCAAGAGCGAAGUGGACGCGAGUUUCGAUCCCGUCGUUCAGGCGAUAUGGAAGGGUCAAGACAACGGAGAUAUCAUCCGCGAGGAGGGUGAUGGCAGGAUCGUCAGCGGGCUGAGCAUCCAUUUGGAGGAACGGGGUAGGGUUAAGCUAGCAGGAAGGCUCAUCGCUGGUGCGCUAGAUGCAAGUCAAGGAGGAUCGAAACAGCCGAACGAGGGUAAAUCAGGAUCAAUUCAGCUCGUCGCCAAAAUCGAACAAAGUCUCGGAAACUGUCCGAAAUACCUAAACAAAAAAAUCAUCACAUCCUCCACACCGAAGCCAAUACUACUCUCAGAGUCUCCACACUUGUCGCAGGAGGCGCUCAAUUUGAUUGAAAAAGCGGACAUGUUCUUCGUCGCCUCAGCACAUGAGCACGAAGACAUGGACGCAAACCAUCGCGGAGGGCCGCAAGGUUUUAUUCGCAUAGAACAGCCCGAGGACCCAGAGGAAGGGAGCAUCCUUGUCUGGCCAGAAUAUAGCGGGAACAACCUAUACCAGACACUUGGAAACCUUGAAGCUACGCCCAAGGCAGGCCUUGUGAUCCCAGACUUCGAGACAGGAGACGUUCUCUACCUCACAGGGAAUACCAGGAUUCUUGUAGGUGCAGAGGCAAGUCGAAUGAUUGCAAAGACAAAACUCGCAGUCCGUCUCAACAUCACGGCAGCUCGACUUGUUCAGAACGGUCUUCCAUUUCGCGGCACACCAGUCGACGAUGCAACUAGCGGCCGCUCCCCAUAUAACCCACGUGUUCGCCACCUGGCAACCGAACAGACUGAUCCCCACGACAAGAGUGCCCCAGGAGAGGAUGCGCCAGUGACAGCACAACUAAUCAAGAAGACCAAGCUUACCCCGACGAUUACGAGAUAUCGCUACGCCCUCGCCGACCCAUCAGUGCUGGGACCGUGGAAGCCAGGACAGUAUGUGACCAUGGAUUUCUCGAAGGAGCUGGACAUGGGGUACUCGCACAUGCGGGACGACGACCCGACAAGCCUGAAUGACGACUACCUCCGCACAUUCACCGUCUCGUCAGUCCCAGGAUCCCUCGGCGUACACGGCGAAGAAUUCGAGAUCACAUUGCGCAAAGUCGGUGGCGUCACCAAAUGGCUCGAGUGGCAGCAUCAGGGGAUGCUAGAAGUGGGUAUCAGAGGUUUCGGCGGAGAAUUCGCAUUCGAUCAAACGGAACACAAGACGAUCGGGUUCAUUGCAGCUGGAAUCGGCAUCACGCCGCUGCUGGGCCAGAUGGGUUCUCUGGAUGCCCCUAAGAUCAAGGUUCUAUGGAGUCUAGGCAUCAAAGACGUUGGUCUCGCAGUGGACAUCUUCACACAAUAUCCAGUGCUGAAGGAUUCCGUCACUAUCUUCCUCACAGGCGACGAGUCGCUGCUGGAGCAGCGCCCGAACGAGAAGCUCAAGCUGAAGGAGUUGAAGGCCCUAGGAUCCCAGAUCGAGCGGCGGCGGCUGCAAAAGGAUGAUUUGUCGAAAGUGGAUGCGCUCGUGGAUAAGUGGUAUCUCUGUACAGCGCCGGCGUUGAGAAAGAUUGUGCAGGACUGGUUGCCGGGGAAGGCAAUUGUUUAUGAAAAUUUCAACUAUUAA